CUUUGAAUAGUAUCGUACCAUUUGGCAAUUGAAAAUGCUGCCGACGACAGAGUUGAGACGGAGCCGGUCUGCCAACAUCAGGAAGAAAGUGCUGCUCAUGGGCAAGUCGGGAGCAGGAAAGACCAGCAUGAAAUCCAUCAUAUUUGCAAACUUCAUAGCAAGAGACACUCGCAAACUUGGACCGACCAACGAAAUCGAACAUGCUUUCGUCCGUUUUCUGGGCAACCUGGUGCUUCACCUGUGGGACUGUGGCGGAGAACAGGCCUACAGGGAGUCCUACUUCAUACCUGGUCAGAAGGAUAUCAUUUUUCGUGAUUUGGAGGUCAUCAUCUACGUGUUUGAUGUGGAGUCCAGGGAACAGGACUUAGAUCUUCUAUACUACCAGAAGUGCAUGGAGGCUGUCAAAGACGAAAAAGACUCGCAACAAAACUCAACUGCAAAAGUAUUUUGUCUCAUCCACAAAAUGGAUCUGAUCGCAGAGCAGAAUCGAAAGUUCAAGUUUGAGAGUCUCAAGCGCCAGGCACUGUCCAAGACGCCAGAUGGUAUAGACGUCUCCUUCUUCCAGACAUCCAUCUGGGACGAAACCCUGUAUGAGGCCUGGAGCAGUUUGGUCCACCAGCUAAUUCCGAAUAUCGAGGCAGUUGAAGCAGCUCUUCACAAUUUUGCAGAGUUAAUCGAAGCGGAAGAAGUUAUUCUUUUUGAAAAGGCAACAUUUCUAGUGAUUUCGAAGUGGGAACGUGGAGGUCAGAAGGAUGAGCACCGCUUCGAAAAGAUCAGCAACAUCAUCAAGCACUUCAAGCUCAGCUGCACCAAACUAGCUGACAACUUCUCCAGCAUCGAGGUUAGGAACUCGAGCUUUGCAGCAUUCAUAGAACAGUUCACGAGUAACACUUACAUCAUGGUAGUAAUAAAGGAUACGACCAUCUCGUCAACUGCAGUUUUAAUGAACAUCAGAAAUGCGAAAGGAGUGUUCGAAAAAAUAGAGUCCAAUGCUGGUGCUAAAUAAAAUAGUCGUAUAGGCAAUCAUAGAAACUUCACAUCCUUGUCCUUGUUCAUAUUUAGAAAAAAAAUGUUUAUUCUGAGAAUUAUUCUCGAAAAGUUUGUUAAGUUUGGACACGAAAAUACCAUUAUUGAAGAGACUGCCUUUAUUUUUGUAACUUAUUGGAAUUAUAGUAAUGAUUUUUUGAUGAUAAUUUCUUUGUUAUUGAAAAGAUAAUUUUUUUAUACGCUGUGCCAUUUAGCGCAGAUUUAUUCGGGUAGUUCAGUUUUUACUGGCACAGAAUACAGACAAUUAAAACGAUAUUGUUAUUAAAACAAUUCAUUAAUAUUUAAAAAGAAACAUAAAUUUUGCUGAGCUCAAAUCGAAGACGGUGAAAUUUGCCUGGUUUCUUGUUUUUUUUUAAAUAUAACGGGGUCGGUCUAUAACACUGAUUCACGUGCUCUAUAAUUCUGGCGCAGAAUUUAUUUUUUUUAACCAAUUUUAAGUUUGGCCGAAACAGAUCACAAAGUUGUUGUUUUAAUUGGCUGUAUUCAAUUGUCCAAUCCUGGCGAGACCAAUAGUUUACAUAAAAUUCUAUCUCAUAUAUUGAUAAAUAUAAUUUAAUUUUUCGA